CGGUAGGAAAAGAGGGGCAAACGCCAUCCGUGGAGGGGAGUCCCGCGCUGGGGCGAAACGACGCGCCAGUAGGAAAAGAGGCGCAAGCGGAGGGGAGUCGCAAAAACCAAGCGCGUCCCGUCUACACGUAGCGCGGGCGAGAGAGAGAGAGAGAGAUUUCCAUCGAUACGAUGAGCAACGCACCGGCAAACAGGAGAUGGCUAUGGCGGGUCUUUGUCACGUUGUUUGGCGGAGGAGGAGCGGGAGGAGCGGGAGAAGGAGUGGGAGGAGGGGUGGGAAAAGGAGCCGGAAAAGGAGGGGUGGGAGGAGGAGCGGAGGGGAAAACGGGAAGGGGCGGUGGAGGAGCGGGAGAAGGAGCGGGAGGAGGCGCGGGAGGAGGAGCCGCAGGGGAAAUGGGGAGGGGGUUAGGAGCGGGAGAAGGAGCACGAGGGGAAACGAGAAGGGGCCGAGGAGGCGCGGAAGGAGGAGCGGUAGAAGUAGCGGGAGGAGCGGGAGGGGAGACGGGGAGGGGGUUAACGAACGCGUGGACGCGGAGGAGCGGGAGGAGAUAUAGGUGGAGGAGGAGAAGCGCGAGGAGGAGCGGGAGGAGGACCGGGGAAAGAGCAGGAGAAGCAGCGGGAGAAGGAGCAGCAGCAGGAGCGGGAGGGGGAGAAGGAGAGGGAGGAGGAGAGGGAGGAGGAGCGGGAGAGCGAGCGGGAGUGGGGCUAUGGCGGCAUCUUUGUCACGUUGUUUGGCGGAGGGGAGGAGGAGGAGGAGGAGGAGGAGUGGGAGGAGUGGGAGGAGGAGGAGUGGGAGGAGGAGUGGGAGGAGUGGGAGGAGGAGUGGGAGAAGGAGCCAGAAGGUGCGGGAGCGGGGCUAUGGCGCGGGAAGAGGAGCGGGAGGAGGGGGAGGAGGAACGGGGGGAAGAACAGGAGAAGCAGCGCGAGAAGGACGAGCAGCAGGAGGAGCUGGAGAAGCAGCAAGAGGGGGAACGGGAGAAGGAGAGGGAGGAGGAGAGGGAGGAGGAGCCGGAGAAGAAGCGGGAGCGGGGCUAUGGCGGGAUCUUUGUCACGUUGUUUGGCAGAGGAGGAGAGGGAGGAGGAGAGGGAGGAGGAGGGGGAGUGGGAGGGGCGGGAAAAGAAGCCGGAGGAGGAGUGGGAGAAGGAGUGGGAGGGGAAACGGGAAGGGGCAGAGGAGGCGGGAGUAGGAGUGGGAGGAGCGGCAGGGGAAACGGCGAGGGGGUUAGGAGCGGGAGGACGCGAGGGGAAACGGUAAGGGGCUGAGGCGGCUGAAGGGGGGGGAGGGGGGGGUGGAUAUUGAUUGAUUGAUUGAUUGAUCGAUCCAAAAAACAAAUAAAAAUCGCCCCCUUAU